AUGGUCAACAUCACUGGGAGCUUUAUCUCGCCUUCGGCCGACGCGACGGUCUCUCCCCAAUUCAUCGCGUCGGCGGGAGUCUUGGCUUCUGUCCUUGAUGGCUUCACUAUCUGGAAGCUGUUGGGAACUUUGUUCAUUGCGGCCGUCAUUUACGAUCAGUUCAAAUACCACUACUACAAGGGCUCAAUUAUUGGUCCUGCAUACAAGAUUCCCUUCAUGGGACCAUUCUUGGAGUCUGUCAAUCCCAAGUUCACCGAGUACAAGGCCAAAUGGGACAGCGGCGAGCUGAGCUGUGUGUCUGUCUUCCACAAGUUCGUCGUAAUUGCGUCAACUCGUGACAUGUCCCGCAAGAUCUUCAACUCGCCCGCAUACGUGAAACCCUGUGUCGUGGAUGCCGCACACAAGCUUCUCGGUAAGGACAACUGGGUGUUCUUGGAUGGUAAGGCGCAUGUCGAUUACCGCAAGGGUCUCAAUGGCCUGUUCACCCGCCAGGCUUUGAGCAUGUACCUUCCUCGCGUCGAGGAGGUCCUGAACGACUCUUUUAAGCGCUUCAUGGAGAAGUCCGCGGCCCUGAAGCACGAGCCCACUCCCUGGAUGUCCGACUUCCGUGAGCUCAUGACUGCUCUUUCUUGCCGCACUUUCGUCGGCUACUACAUGUCCGAUGAGAUCGUCCAGAAGGUCGCCGAUGACUACUACUUGAUCACUGCCGCGCUGGAGUUGGUUAACUUCCCUAUCAUCUUGCCCUACACCAAGACUUGGUAUGGCAAGAAGGCUGCUGACAUGGUCAUGGCUGAGUUCGCCAAGUGCUCCGCCAAGAGCCGAGCCCGCAUGGCAGCUGGUGGUGAGGUUUCGUGUAUCAUGGACGCCUGGGUCAAGGCCCAGCAGGACUCUGCCGCUUACCGUGAGAAGAUCGCCAAGGGUAUUCAGGUUGAUGACUCGGAGAAGCCUCCUCAGGUUCUGCGUGACUUCAGUGACUUCGAGAUUGCCCAGACUAUCUUCACCUUCCUUUUCGCCUCGCAGGAUGCUACAAGCGCCGCCGCUACUUGGCUGUUCCAGCUCAUGGCCGAUCGCCCAGAAGUCCUGGACAAGGUUCGUGAGGAGAACCUCCGUGUCCGCAACGGUGACCGCAAUGUUCAGAUCUCUAUGGAGAUCCUGGAUGAAAUGCCUUACACCCGUGCUGUUGUCAAGGAGACCCUGCGCUACCGUCCCCCCGUCAUCAUGGUUCCCUACCUCGUCAAGAAGGACUUCCCUAUCACCGACAAGAUUACCGUAUCCAAGGGCUCCAUGAUCAUUCCGUCUGUCUGGCCGGCCACCCACGACGAGGAGGCCUACCCCAAUGCUGACUCGUUCGACCCGGACCGUUGGAUCACCGGUGAUGCCGAGGCGCAGACCAAGAACUGGUUGGUCUUUGGCACAGGUCCCCACUAUUGCCUGGGGCAGACUUACGCUCAACUGUCGCUUAUGGCCAUGAUUGGCAAGGCCAGUAUCGAAAUGGAUUGGGAGCACACCCCCACUCCUCUGUCUGAGGAUAUCAAGGUGUUUGCCACCAUCUUCCCCAAGGACGACUGUCUCCUUACCUUCCGCCCUCGCGCUUAA